AUGUUCGACGAGGCCGGGGUGAAUUCCGACAUACUGAUCUACGGGGGAGUGAUUGGAAUCGAUAUUCAAUGGAAUUGUGAUUUGGACUGGAGCCCAAAAUACUGCAAUCCAACCUACUCGUUCAGUCGCUUGGAUGACGCUCAAGCAAAAAUUGCUUCCGGUUUUAAUUUUCGAUACGCCAACUUCUAUCACAUCAAUGGCACGCUGCAUCGGGAUUUGAUCAAGGCGUACGGGAUUCGAUUUGUCAUUCACGCGCACGGGCGUGCUGGCAAAUUUCACAUAAUCCCACUGACGCUCAACAUCGGAUCCGGUUUGGCUUUACUCGGUCUGGCUCCCACCCUCUGUGAUAUCAUAGCGCUAAAUUUGCUACCGUCACGUAAAUUGUACCACCGGGCCAAAUUCGAGAUAAUCGCCGAGGAAGAAGAGAAACUGGCCGCUCGACGUGCCAGUCGGCUGAUGAAAUCCGCAGACAAAGUGAAACAUAGCUAUCCGGGAACGUCAAAGGCUGGCCGUAGUGGACGGCGUAAAGGGCGAUCAGUUUUCACCAUCGAACGAAUCGACCGGCGGCACACAGAUCCCGAACAGGCAACAGAUAGAUGA